AUGGUAUGUUACAAGACUCUGUUCGGAAUCUUAGUGAUGCUCAGGAUUAUAAGUGCUCAAAGCGAUCUGGAAACCGUGGAUUCUGUGGUGGGACAAAGUGUCGAGCUGCCCUGCAACGUCACCACACUAGAGGAAGGGGACACGCUGGACAUCCUCGCCUGGUACAGAAAUGGAUCAUCAAGUUCAUUCUACAGCAGUCGCGAUUUCCGCACCGAAGACGGUGGCAGCACGAAGUCGGGCCGCUACCAGUUAGUACGAGCCAAUGACACCGUGAUGUUGAGGAUCUCAUCGGUGACACCGGCCGACGCUGGACUCUACAUGUGUCACGUCGACUUCUCCGCCAGCCCCUCUCUCAAAACUUAUGUACAACUUGAAGUGAUUGAUCCCCCUCAGCUUUUGUGGAUGGUGCACGAGAAUGGUACAAAAAUUGCGAUAGCUUCGAACGGCGCCAAUGAGAGUAAGAACAUCGGGCCUUAUUUCGUUGGGGAUACAGUCCACUUGUUCUGCAUCUCUUUUGGAGGUAAUCCACAACCGUCAUUGUCGUGGUGGAUCGAGAAACGUCUGCUGAAGGAGUCGUCGACGCCGCUGUCGCAGGAGCGCAUGCGCAGUGACGUGAUGUACGGCCCGCUCGAGAGGGAGGACCACGGGCUGGUGCUGACCUGCUACGCGGCCAACAACCGCCGCAUCAAACCUCUCGCCAUUGACGUCACGAUCAACAUGUAUCUGCCUCCCGCGUUGGUGAGAUUGCGGCAGCCGUCGAACGAUUUGAGCACGACGGCGCAAGUGCGGGCAGGGGCGCCGUUGGAUCUACAGUGCCGAGUGCUAGGCGCGCGACCGCCUCCGCCUAUAGAGUGGAGAAUCGACGACAGACAACUCUCCACUAUAAUACAAAAUAUAACAACGGAAUCAUCUCAACGAUUACUAGUGAGCGAAAUCCAGUUGAGGUUGGGACCUGAGAACGACGAGUCUCGGGUAACUUGCUGCGCGGAGAUGUACGCCCGGGAUGAUGACACGAAAUAUCUGUGCGCGCAGCCGCUGCAUAUCGUUGUAUUGUACCCACCUUCAGUUCAAAUCGUCGUUGAGAACGAAUUGCUCAACAACACCAUGGCCGUGGUCAAAGGAUCUGACGUAAUAAUGAAUUGCAGCUACCAAGCAAAUCCAAAUGUUCACAGACUAAUGUGGUAUCACCAGGAUGACGUAUUCGCAAAAUACACGUCGAGUGAAGUUACCCCGACCCUGGUAGUGAGUAACGUGACAGAAGAGCUGGCCGGCGAGUACGCUUGCGAAGCGACCAACGCGGAGGGAACCGCCUACAGCGAGCCUGUGCUCAUUGACGUUACAUAUCCAGCUGUUUGCCUCGAAAAAGGCAUCACCGAAUACGGGUUGGGAGAAGACGAAUUUUUAAAUAUAACCUGCCAAGUGAAUGGCAACCCUGCGCCGAGUGCUUACCGAUGGGUCUUAGCUAACUCUUCGGUCAACGCCGUCACUCUCCAUACUGUUGCUCAAGAAACAUUGGAAACUGACGAGCCGACUUUACUAUACCAGAGACCCAGUGGUAUACCUUAUAGCACAGUAUUUUGUUGGGGGCUCAACGGCGUAUCAAGCAGUGGACUGUCACACACACCAUGCAUUUAUCUAAUAACCGACGAAACUAUCCCUAAGCCGCCUUAUGACUGCGUGGCUACAAGAAACGCUUAUAAGGAUAUCGUAGUCACAUGUGCGAAAGGAUACGAUGGAGGGUUGCCACAGAAGUUUAACUUUGCCAUAAUAUCAUCUUCUGACAAUAAAAAGUCAAUAGUAUCAAUAAGUAACGUCGAACCAAAGUUCUUGGUACCAGAACCGAACGAAGAAUACUUUAAAUUCAUUAUAACAGCUGAAAACGACAAGGGAGAAAGCGGAGAAGUUGAAAUAGAUAAAAAAGACAUUAUCGAUGAAAUCCCUGAUUUGGAGGGACUGCCAAAGAGCGCAGUGGCGAACAUAACGACGUUGACGCUAGCCCUAUGCGGGGGAGUGCUUUUGGUGGCUUUGAUCGCGUGCGGGCUGGUGCUGUGCGCGCACGAACGCAGUUCCAGACACGAUAUACCGCACGACCGUUCCGACCCGCCUCUGUGCGCUUACAAUACUGAAGAAUCGAACUGCGACACGUUUCACGGCAGCGACGACGGCAGCGAAUGCAACGUUAGGCGCACAGAGUCGUUCCGGCGAGCCGUCUCAAGAUACCCUUCGAGAAACUUCGACGUGCGCCGCACUAGCUCCUUCCAUUCCGCACGCUAUAUGAACGAUAUGGCCGAACACAACGAGCCAAAGUUCGACACGUUCCGACACAGCCCCAACUGCAGGGUGCACUCGUUGCAAAACAUCAGCAGGAAGAGGGACAUGGACGCGCUGUGCGACCACCUGGUGAUGCAGAUACCGCCCGAAGUUAACUAUAACGUGGCGAGGCCUAUGAACACAUUCUACACAAUGCCGAGAAAAAUGAGACAGAAAUUAGCAAAAGAACUCAGCGACGAAACAUCAGAGAUAACACAGACCUCAGACGGAUUCUCUUUGCCGCCCCCGCCCGACGAGUACGGAAGCUACCGCGCCGGUCCUCGCAUAAGAGAUAUGCCCACAAAACCUUCACCUACCUACUCGACAUUGAGAAAAAGCUUAGCGAAAGAGGCGCGUGCGCAACCUAAUCAGCAGUAUAAUAACGUCAUCCUAUCUCCUUUGAACACAGUCGGGCUACCCACUACCAGCGCAGCACACAACAGCGUUUACAGUUAUCCCGAUGAUGACAGUCGAGCGCAGAAAACCACUGGACUUUUAAACACUUUCCAUAGCCAAUCUAGUGCUAAGGAGUCAGGAAUAUAG